CCUGGAUGCGCCACUCCGUGAAAACCACACCAUUCCCUCAUGUUUCAGUGGGCCAUGUCCAGAUUUCUGUCGGAAUUGCUCCAGAAGUGCUCCAGCCCGGGCACUAUGUCAGUUUCGAACCUUCCAACAGGGCAUGCCUCGCACGCUGCGCAUGCGGGGCAAGCAUGGUCCGCCUCACCCGCCCAGGACUCACUUCCGUGCCCACGGACGGGUCUGACGAUUGGGGCAGGGGUGGGAGAGGAAGAAAACCAUGGUGCACGGAGUGAGAUGCAAGCAGCCAAUGGGUCGUAGAUAUGGCAGAUAUGCUUGAUUAUUUUUGCAUAACAUAUAAUAUACAGCCUUCGGUUUGGUUUUCCGCGAGUAUUUUUUGGGGGGUUUUCAUGUUUAAACACUCUUGGGGAUCCAGGUGGCUUUAGGGGGGACAUCGUUGUCACUAGUGAAUCCAGGAAAUUUGAUGGUAAUUUGUGUGAGGCAAAGGAAUGGAUGUUGGAUAUGUGGGGAUAACGGUAUUCAGCCCGGACUACAAGAUGUCUUUAUAUUUAUAUAUAUAGUCUCUUUAUUACUGCAUACCAAGUGGUUUCGCAGGUCCUUGUUGAUUGUUGUAGUGAAGCUGGCUGUAGUUCUGCAUUCCUUUAUUUUCCAUGGCCCUCGUUUUGGUCAAUACAUGGAUGAACCUUGACCUGGGUCAAAGCCAACAAUGGGCUAUGCCAUCCUUGACAGUUUCCGAAGAUAGCCCGUACACAUUGGAAUAUGGAAGGGGUGCCAAGCAAACUUCGGUGACCUUUGUUGUAGGGGUCGAGCAUCGCCAACCAAAGAAAGCAGUGCAGCUGAACGCUGCAACGUGCUUGAGGUACUCUAGCUUCGCCGGAGAGAAGGCUGGAUGGAGGGCCUCCCCUCCUCGCCCGUUUCGAGCUUCACGAUCGGGACCCAAACCUGAACAUGAUGAAACAUGGAGAGUAGGUCUUCUCAGGGGCAUGUGGCUGUCAGGCUGUGAGGUGAGGGGUUGUUGUGACGCUAUGACUUGUAGCGUAGCGCCCACCCAGUUGCCUGCGUUGGGCCAUGGGGAAUCAUUAGGCAGUGAAACGAUAUACUGCGAUUAAGCAGUUCAUUGGCAUGGAUCGCUUGUUCUAUUUACUUACCCCAUGAGGAGUGGAGACAGACACUGACUGAGCAGCUACGCAACUGCGGGGCCUUCAAAUGCGCAGUUGCAUCCAUGGGUCACUUGCUGAGCUGAGGAUUCCAAAGUGCAUCCAGACGAGAAGACCGAGAAGGAAGGCAAAGGAGGCAUGUCAGUAGAAGUAUCAUCAGCAGGAGAGGCACAUCGACCUGAUACGGCAUUUUCACCGUCCGUGGCGAAUGGCACCGCAAGCCCUCGCACCGUGGCGCAGGUCCCCACCCAGCUCGCGCACGGUCCGGUCGUCACUGGACCAGCGCCAGCGCCUGGAGCAGCUGAUGUGACCGCUGCCGGCCACGUGACCCUGACAGCAGCCCUCAAAGCUUUGGACGCGACGCAGGUGACCAAGGCGGUUGCAGGCCAGCCCCAAGACGCCGCAGAAGCUCCGCACGCCGGCGCGCCGGGUCCCGCAUCGCCGGGUCCCGCAUCGCCGGCGAAGACGGAGGCGGAGGCGGAUGAAAUGGAAAGCUCCAAGCAGAUCGAGGAACGUCCCGCACUCCUGCCCCAGCCAGUGCCGCCCGCCACGGCGCCGUCGGGCGGCGCCACGGCGCCCGCGUCGGUGCCCAACGGAGCAGUCUUCCAGAUCCCGCAGGCCGCGAGCGCCACCCAGCUCCACAGCCGCCCGGCGCGCCUCGUGACGGCCGCCGCGGCCGCGGCGGCGGCCGCCGCCGAACAGACGGCGCUGGACGUGAUGGGCGCCGCGGUGCGGGUGACGCCCGAGAAUCGGAGCGAGGAAAGCAGAUGGGCCACGUCCCGGAUGUCCAUUCGAUCCGGGCCGCUGAAAGGGAUAUCUUCUGAAGCCAGCUUGGUGGAAGCGCAGAACACGAAGCUUCAUCAGAUGCCCGUGAUGGGUGGUGGUCUAGCAGUGUCCACCCCGGUGGCGGCUCCGAUGGUUGCCGCCGCUGAGCCCACGACCACUGCAGCCACCACUGCCACCACUGCGGCGACCACCGUGGCAGCGACCACGGCGGCAGCCACCACGGCAGCAGCCACCACGGUGGCAGCAACUACGGAGGAGGAGCUGGAGACGACAGAAGAGGAGAGUGAAGAGAAAGAAGAGGAGGCUGAAGAGAAAGAAGAGACUGAAUCCGACGAAUCAGUGGGAAAAGCCGAGACUUCCUUUAUCGAGCAGCACUACUUGCUUCUGGUGGGCGCCGCGAUUGGGCUGGUGACGCUGGUGGUGAUAGGCGCCAUUUGCUGCUGCCGUAGAUGAUCGGUCCGGACCCUUUCUCCGGAGUUUCCCCGGCGAACAACAGCAGGGCUGGCGAGUUCGGUUUCACUGCAACCGUCCGAAAGAGGUUC